CGUCUUCUUUUAAUCCCUUUCAUCAACUGUUCAGGAUUUAAGGGGUACAUCGGGAUGGUGACGUUGGAAUCUAAGCUGUCAUCGACGAUUAACAUAAGUAACGUAAGGGCUAGAAAGCUUGACAUUUUCAAGUUUUCAGCCACGCGUCUCGGUGUAGAUAAGUAUUAGAAGCGCCCCCGACUCAUGUCUAGACUUUAGUGUAUUUUAUCUUACUGUCAUAUUCUUUUCUGACUCCUGUGGCUUAUCCAAAAGAAAACUUAGAUUUACCUAGUAACUAUUCAGUCAUCAAUUUCUAGUCGAGCUUUACAUCAUACCUAAGACACAAUGUCUUCCAGCGGUGACGAGCAACAGCAGCAACAGCAGCCUCAGCCUGAGAGGCAACAGACUGCGACUCAAGAAACCGAUCACUCAGACAGCUCAGACCAGAUGUCUGAGGCAUCGCGACCACCCCGCACGCGCCGUCGCAACCGUCGUCGCCCUGGAUCCGUCCAGCCCCUUCAGCCACAAGAGGAUCAACAGAUGCUUCAGCAGAGACAACAGCAGCAAAUGAUGCAGCAACAGCAACAGCAACAACAGAUACAGCAGCAGCAGCAGCAGCAAGGAGGAGGGGAUGAUAGCAAGUCCGAUACCCUCCGACUUCGUCUCGAUCUCAACCUCGAGGUCGAAGUUACCCUCAAGGCUCGUAUUCACGGUGACUUGACAUUGGCAUUGCUUGACACUUAAACACACUCCAAAAGGAAAAGCGAUACGAACAUGACGAAAUGUAACGACGAGUUUUCACGAAUCAUUAGUUGUAAAAGGGGGUUGGAAUUUGUUUAUGGUUUAACAGGGAAGGAGUGUAAUAAACCCGAGAGCCACACCCAUAUUAUGCUAUCGCAUCUUCACGCCGCUUUGCCGGCUGUACUCUCCUUUCCUUUGUCGGCGACAUUCAUACCGUAUAAUUUUGAAUUUGGCUAGGUCUGGCGAUAUCACUCAGAGUGAGAACUUCUUGUCAGAUAUUAUUUACGUAAUAGCAAUAGACU